AUGGUUAUUAAGCAUCAAAGCAUCUUCCUACUUUCUUUGUCUUACUCACAGGUUGUGGAAUGACCCUGGUGCUUUGUUCCUGUCCUUCUGCUCUUCCUGAUGAAGCAGAAACAAUUGCUGUGGCUGAGAAUAAGGAUCUGGUGACCUUUGAGGAACUGGCUGUGAAUUUCACGGAAGAGGAAUGGGCUCUCCUGGAUUCAAGCCAGAGGGCUCUACAUGAAGAAGUUACAUGGGAGAAUUGCAGGAAUUUGGCUUCUCUGGGUGAUGGAAGAGAGGGAAAUAAAGAUGGAAGACAACAGAAAAUAAAAAUUAAAGAAAAGCAGAAGUGGCAGGACAAAUCCCUUGUUCCUGAAGAAAAUGACUUCCAUGAACUUCCAGUACUUGAAGAAUAUUUGGAAAGAAACAGAAGUGAUAUUCAGAACCAGGAGAAACUCUUUACAUGUUCAGAGUGUGGGAAAAGUUUAAAUCAGCAGAUAUACGUUACUGAACAUCAAAGGAUUCACACAGGUGAGAAAACAUAUAAAUGCCAUGAGUGUGCAAAGCAAUUUGAUCUUAGCAUAGGACUUACUUCACAUCAAAUGGGGAACAAGGCCUACAAAUGUGUGGAAUGUGAGAAAAGCUUUAGGUGGAGCUCAAGCCUUAAAAAACACCAAAGAGUACACACAGGGGAAAAACCCUACAAAUGCUAUGUGUGUGGAAAGCAGUUCAGUUGCAACUCCCACUUUAAUAAGCACCAAAGAAUUCACACAGGAGAGAAGCCAUACAAAUGUUACGAGUGCGGACAGAGCUUUAGGCAGAGCACACACCUUAAAAGACAUAGAAAAACUCACACAGGAGAGGAACCGUGCCAGUGUUCUGACUGUGGAAAGCAAAUCUGUUACAGGUCAAGUGGUCCCUCCCAUCCCAUAAUCCAUGCAGAUGAUUGUGGAAAGAGGUUCAAUAUGAGCAUCCUCAUUAAACGACAUAAAAUAAUUCAUACAGGGGAGAAGCCCUAUAACUGCUCAGGGUGUGGAAAGAGCUUCAGUGAUAGCAGACUCCUUAAAAUACACCAGAGAAUCCAUACAGGAGAAAAGCCCUAUCAGUGCUCUGAGUGUGGUAAGAGUUUUAGGCAGAGCACAUCCCUCAGAAGACAUCAACGAAUUCACACUGGUGAGAAGCCUUACCUAUGUGCCGAGUGUGGUAAAUGUUUUAGUCAAAGCUCACAUCUCAAAAAACAUCAACAAAGUCACACAAAGCCAUCUACACUUUCUGAAUGUGGAAAGCAAUUCGAUGACAGUACACACCUAAAUUGGCAUCCGAUAAUACCCCUCGGGAGGGAUACUUCAAAUCUUAGAAAUGACUGGAAUGUGCAUGGGCUCUUGGUGGACCACAGCCUUCCUUUUUAAAAGAGGAAAAGUCAGGAUGAAAUGUGUACAGAAGCAGGGUGCACAUCAGACCUUAACAGCCGGUGGACAAUUCACACAACAGCCCAACAGUCCACACUGUGGUAUGUAAAUAAAUAGUUUAUUGGAGUGAUUAAACCUUAACAAGCAGCAGAACAAUGAUAGAAAUGAUCAAAAUGUGAUUUAUAAGUAAUUGGAAUUGAUUUGAUCAGUCAAACUUUAAUCGGAAAUGGAGAAUGCAAACAUUGCAUCAACUAUAAAAAUCAAAGGCGGACAACCCUCCACUUAUGGGUCCAUUUUUUAGCCAUGCACUCUGCCUCACACCUACUACUGUUAUUUACCCCUUCCAAAAACAGCAAAUGAUACCUCUAGGAGUACCUUUCACUAUUUUUGAUCAUCCCUUCCUAUGAUCCUGUUUUGGGCUGAUGAGGGCCUUUUUUCAAAACCACAGAAAAAGCCUUCAAAACGCCAUACGUUAACAAUCUUUGCUCCCUGGAGGAUUCUGGGGCAAUUAUUUGCUUUUUGGGGAGAAAAUCUGAGGGCUGAGAUACAACCCUGAGCGCACACUUUGCUUACUUCUGGUAUAAAUUCUCAAAAUACGGGAGAAACUUGUCAACACAACUGAAUUUGGGCAAUGAGCUUCAGUUGAAUCCAGCAUCCUGCCAGGUAUGUGAGUAGCCUUGUGAUCUGACAUACUUUCACAGUUACUAGGAUAAGUUGGUGGGUAACUCCACUGGAGCUAAAUAUAAUGGGCUUGUCUCUCUUUUUAAGCUUGAAAUUUUGUCCUGAAAUCAAUUUUUAUUACUUUACACAGUCUUGGUUUUGCAAUGAUGUUUGAUUAAAUGAUGCGAUAAUGGCCA